UAGUGGUCGGCCCAAGCAAUAUGACGUGACGUGUUUUGGAGUACGGGAGAAAGGUAAAAAAACGAAUGUCAAUGUGCGAAUGAAUAGAAAACACAGCAAACCCUUGAGCAAAAAAUAGCAAUAACAACCAUAGUGUAGUGUUUGUCCCAAGCACAGUAAAAGUAAGAAAUUCAAAGAAUUGUGGGUUUUGCAAUAAAGAAACGACCAAGAAAAAAGGUUUUGUGUGUGUGUGCGUGUUUCGAGCGGUUCGUUCAAGUAGCAGGAGGCGGUUUGGCUGAUUGAAAAAGUAAACGUAGCCUGCUUUGCCAUUUUAUUUCAAAACAAGUGUUAACAUCUUAAUGGCCAGUAAAAAAAUAAUAAUAACAACAACAACAGCACAUUAUUAAUCUACGUAGCUCGGUCAAAAUCGGUACAUGAUUUAUUGUGAAUUUAAAGCAGCGCAGUCGUCAAUGUUGUUUGUGUGUGUGUGUGUGAAAAUAUUUAAAAUGUGCUAAUUAAUGGGAAUAAAUGAAGAAUAGUGCAACCACAAAAAAGUCAUAAUUAAUUGUGAAUAAGCAAAGUUUGUUUUUUUCCCAAUCGUUAAUUGCAUAGCGUGAAUUUGGGAUUUAUUUCUCCUACCCUAGAAUGUAAUCUCGAAUUACAACAAGUUGAAGUGUCAUUUUAUAAAUGAAUGAAAUAAAAUAUUGAAUUAAAUUACCGAAUAGUGUUUUUAUUGUUAGUGUAAAAUAAGUGGAUUAGUUGGGUUCAAAAACCUCUACACAAAGCCAGCCAAUCAAUCGUGUCAUUUUAUUAAUUGAUUUCGAUUUUGACUAGAUUUACAUUUUGGAAUAAACAGCAACAUCGGCAGCAUCGGAUUUCGAAUCAAAAUCAACGUUAAAAAAUUCAAACAAAACUGAAUCCGCCAAAUGAUAAUGUUCAAUAAAAUAUAGAUGCCAUAAAAAAAGUGAAAAUAAAAACAUUAAAAAAAAUGUCCAUAACUCCCCAAAAGUAUCGUCCCAGUAUUGCCUCCAUUGACGAAGUAGAUGAUCGUAAUUUAAAAAUGGAUGAUGCCAAGCAACAGAUCGAGGGUAGUGAAACUGCACCGCUGACCACAAAUCAAUUGAAAUUGAAUAUCGAUGCGAAUGUGGCGGCCAAAGAUUUGGAGGCGCAAAAUGCUCAACAUGAAAACGAAGCUCAGGCUGAGACACCAAUAUCCGGAGGGCCGGGAUCGAUAAAUGGUUUUAGAGGUCGCCGUUCGUUUGAUGCCCUCAAGAGUUUGUCGCGCAAACGUCGUAUACUCUACAUCACCACUGCCUGCCUGUGUGCCACGCUGCUAAUUAUCAUCAUCAUGAUGAUUGCAUUCUGGCCCGAAGUGCCAUUCUAUUUGAAGGCUGAGUUAUGUUUGGAGAAAGAGUGCGUGGAGGCUAGUCGCCAGAUACUGUUGUGGUCGAAUACAACGAAAUGUCCCUGCCACGAGACGUAUGAAUGGGCCUGUGGCAAUUUCGAUCGUGAAUAUGGUGAGAAUGAUUAUUAUGUCAUCAAGAAAGGGGAAUGGAAUUAUAAGACUUUUAAUGAAUAUCAAGAACUCAACGAAUUAAAUCGUUUCAUAUCCAUGCUGCCAGCCUCGACGGGUUCAUAUUCCGUUGAAUCAAUGAUAUCGAAUUUAUAUCGUUCCUGUCGCGAAAUUGACUCCCUGGAUAAGUCACAAUCGGAAAUGUUACUCAAAAAGGCAAUGCAAUCAAUAGAGGGUUGGCAGGCAUUACGCGAUACCAAGAGCAUACAAUUUUGGGAUUAUCGUAAAGCGUUGGUUCACUUACAAGCGGCCUAUGGCAUAUUUCCCUACUACAAGGUUUCCGUUGAGAAUCGUUUCAACAAGCCCCACGAAUACAUUAUUACAUUAGAUGAAGGAGAAUUCGGUUUGCCGGACAAAUAUUUCUAUAAUGCCGAUCGAAAUGAUGAGAUUGUCAAAGGCUAUAUUUUGUUGCUACGCGAUUUUGCCAUUAACAUGGGCAUUGUUUCCAAACAGGCUGAACUCUUUGCCGAUGAUGUUUUCAAUUAUGAGAAACGUAUUGUAAAUCAUUUGGAUGUUGUCAAAUCGUCAUCUGGAGAAAAACGUUUAAAUGAAAUCAAGACUUUAGUGGAAAUAAAAACCAUAGCUCCAUCGCUACCCAUAGCGGAAACCUUGCAAGCUCUCUUCCCUCAUACCAAAAUUAACGAUGAUACAGAAGUUUUGGUAAGAGAUGUUGAUGUGCUAAAUGAACUGUCUACGAUUGUUUCCACCUCUGACAAAAAGCCCAUAAAUAAUUUCAUUAUUUGGUCGCUGGCACGCCACCUACUUCCCCAUUUGUCAAUGGAAUAUCGUAACCUGGUAGAGGCCUUUGACCACUCAGUGUAUGGAAGGACUUCCACAUAUCCACGAUGGAUGGUGUGUGCAAAAACUGUUCGAGAUUGGUUACCCUUUGCCGUGGAUGCAGUCAAGCAGAAAAAUCAAGAGGAAUUGGCAUCGAAGUUUCUGCCCUCUCACCUUAAGGACAACAAUGGCUUGAAUAAAACAUCGGGCAAUGAUGAGUUCUUGAAGUUGAUGUACUAUAGUUUACGCAAUCAAUUGGAACAAUCUGUUGAGGAAGCCAAUUGGAUAAGUGGAGAUGUUAAGAAGUACAUCAAUGAAAAACUUACCACAAUGCGUUUACAAAUUGGCAUACCCGAAGAAGUUCUAUCGAAUAAAAGCUACACCAAGGAUUACUACAACGAACUGCUGCUGAGCAAUUUGUAUUUUGUCGAACAUCUACAAUCGAUUUGGAGUUUUCGUAUGGCUCGCAUGGAAGAUAAACUCAAGGCAUUGAACAUCAUUGAUACCAUCAUUUCCGAAAUGUAUACCUCCGAAGAACCGCCAUUGGUUGCCUAUUCCAAACUACUCAAUAUGUUGGUCAUAUCCCGUGGCAUAGCCUCAUCUGGUUAUUACGAUUAUCGCUAUCCAGUUGCUGUUAAUUUUGCCCGUAUCGGCUCCGAUAUCUUGGAGGUCCUAAUGGAUGCUGUAAUGACCUUCGUUGAACAGUACAAAGCCGAUAACAAUGAUUUACAUUUGCACAUCGAUUUGGGUAAUGUUGAUAUUGGUUGUAUCACCGCUGAGGAGCAUAAUCGAGAGGAGUUACAAGAAUUAUCAACGAAUGCCCUCAAAAGUUUCCACAUCACACUGAGUGGGGCAAAAAUUACAGCCAAGGCAUUGAGCUCAUUUCUGGCGGCCAUUGACACGGCUUCACCCAUUGUGGGGGCCUCUUUCGACCAGCUGCAUACCUAUGAAAGUUUAAGGCUUACUCAACGUCUACGCAUCCCCGGUCUGAGGUCUUAUAAUGAAAAUGAACUCUUCGCCUUAGCCUAUAUGCAGAAACAUUGUAGUACUUCAAUAGCGGAUAAGGAUUAUGCGAAAAUUAAACCCCAUGUCGAACAACAAUUGGCUGAGAAAUACUUAUUUAAUGCCACCUGGAAUCAUAUACAAUUUCUACCCCUCGCCUCUAGUUGUAGGGUUCCACCAGUACGCUGCUCAAAUAUUCUAUAAUUUAUUAUAAAUUUUUUUUUAAAUUUCCUAACUAGACUUUGAUGCCUGAAUUUCAAUAAAAUGACAAGGCUAAGGGCAAAAUAGAGGUCCAAAAAGGUUUUAUGAUUUGUUUGAUUUUGAAUUUUUGCCAGAAAGUGAUUUGUAUCCAAAUUGUAUUGGCUAGCAAAAUUCUUUAUCAAACGAGCUCAUAAGACCUUCAAACACCUUAUCCCACAACUUGCCAUUAUCCAAUUUACACAUAAAAAGAAACAUACACAUACAUAUAAAUAUGUAACACCACACCACACAAAUAUGUAACACCACCAUCAUUCCGAUUCUCCUCUUAUUUCCAUACCCCAUAGUUCCAUAGUUUUCACAGUUUAGACUAAGAGACAAGUUUUUUUAAGUAUUUUCCUUCUAAAUAUUUUUUUACACAAUGUUCACAUUUAACAAUUCUAGUUUUAUAUAUAUAUAUAUUUGUAUAUCUAUAAAUACUAGUAUUUUUUAAAUAACUUCUGAUACUAGAAAUCACAAAUUUUUGAAAUUUUUUUUGUUAACUAUUCCAUAGGUAUAGAGUUUAAACACCUACGACUUACAUUACAAACAAAUAA